AUGAGAUUCUUGAGGAUAAAUUUUUUUUUUUAUUUCAUAUUAAUUAUUUUCUUGGAAUUUCUUUUGUUCUUCGUUGAUUGUUCAUCAGGAAACAUAUUUUUAUUAAAAAAACUAGAUUCAAAGUUAAAAAAAAUUAAAUAUAAGGAGAAAGCAAUUAUUUUGUCUAUAUGCUUAGCAUUGGUAGUUUCAUUGGGUUCUAUAAUAGGUGGAAUAGGAUGCAAUACUUUCAAGUGGAUAAAAAAAAAAAAAAAUUCAUUCAGUAAAAUUCCUAAAUAUGUCAGCAUAAAAUUGGCAACAAAUGAAAAUAUAAAAAAAAAGAACACAUAUGAGGAAAAAAAAAAUGUUCUGAUGAAUUCUAUUCCAAAGGGUGUACCUAGUGCAUACAAUAAUAAAGCAUAUAAUGGCGAUAAGCCUUGUUAUAUAUCUCAAUGUGAGGUCAUUAAGUACAAAAAUGUAGACUUAAGUACUAUCCAAAUAAAUUAA